AAACUUGCAAUCAUGUUCUCUAGAGUAAGAAUUGGUACACAAAUCAGCAGAUCAGUUAGAAGAUACGCAUCUGCAUCUUCUGGACGCGUACAAAAGCCUUUACCUGUAUUCAACAAGGAAAGUGAUAAAGUUUGGAUGGCAGCAUCAGCAUUGGUUACCAUUGGUGGUGCAAUCUACUUGACCUCACCAGGAAGUGAAGAGCACGGACAUGGUCACGCUGUUGAACACGCCUCUGAGAAGGCAGAAGAAACCAAGGAAGAAGUCAAGGAGGAAUCCAGUGAAGCUAAGGAGGCUACUGAAGAAAAGGCAGAGGACGUAAAGGAAGCUGCCGAAGAGAAGGUCGAUGACGCAUCCGAAAAAGCCUCAGAAAAGAAGGAGGAAGUCACAGAAAAGGCAGAAGAGAAGGUAGACGAUGCUAAGGAAAGCGUAAAGGAGACCUCAGAAGGUGCAGCUGAAAAGGCAGAGGAGAAAACCUCAGAAGUCGCUCAAAAGGCAGAAGACAAGUCUGAAGACGUAAAGGAGAACGUCAAGGAGGGCGCAGAAACAGCCAAAGAGAACGUCAAGGAAGGCGCAGAGGAAGCAAAAGAAAAAGUAGAGGAAAAGAAGGAAGAAGUCAAAGAGAAGACAGAAUCUGAGUAAAUGCGCCUAGAUUCAGAUGAAAUAGAAUAAAAUGAUUUGAACUGUAGUACUUUUAGUACAACUCAGUACAUUUUUACAUUUAUAAUUGAUCUUCGCUUAUCUAUCG